AUGAAUUCUCCUAGCAGUCCAAACAGAGUGAUUAAUAAUCAAUUCCGUUUAAGGAAAAAAUUAUCAGCAGGGUCAUAUGGUGUAGUAUUUGAAGCAGAGGAUAUAGUAAAGAAUCAAAUGGUGGCAGUGAAAAUAGAGAAAAAAGAGAAGAAUUCAACUUUGGAUAGAGAAAUUCAUAUAUUAACAAGAUUAUAGGGUACAUAAGGAGUUCCUAAAUUAAUAUGGAGUGGAACUGAUAAUAAUUCAAACGUGCUUGUGUAAUAGUUAUUGAGUAAAGAUAUUGGAGCUUAUCUAAAAGAGUAUAAAAAGUUUUCAUUAAAAACAGUGUUAAUAAUAACUGAUUACUUAUUAUAAGUUAUUCGAAGAAUUCAUAACAAAUCAGUAGUACAUAGAGACUUGAAACCAGAAAAUAUAAUGUACCAUUCUAAACAGAUAUAUAUCGUUGAUUAUGGGAUUAGUAAGUUGUAUAGAGAUAAUAACUUAAAACAUGUGUAAUAAUUUGAAUAAAUUUGAUUAAGUCCUUUUAAAGAUGGAAGAUCCUUUGUAGGUACAACAAGGUAUGCUUCAAUAGCAGCUCAUAAGGGAUAUGAAAUAGGAAGGAAGGAUGAUUUAGAAUCAAUAAUUUAUAUAGACAUUCUUUUAUUAAAAGGGUAUACAUAAAUUAUUAACUUAGAUUAAAGAUCUUUGCCAUGGUAAAACAUGUUAGGUUAAAAUAAUAAGGAACGCUAAAAAUAAGUUGGUGAAAAG